AUGUUGUCAUGCCCAUGUCAUGUCUGUGAGGUGUGGUCACGCCUGGCACUGCAGCCAGCAGAAAAGUUAAACACCACAGUAUUCUCUGAGGACAAGUCAAACACCACUGUAUUCACUGAGGACGAGUCAAACACCACUGUAUGGGCUGAUCAUGGGUCAACCACCAGUUAUUCGACAGACAUUUUUACUAGCCAGACUGUGAUAACUAUUGAUGGCUCAACAAAUACCACUACCACAAAGGAGACAGACUAUUUUACUACUCCUGCCAGUUCACUUACAUCACAGAGUACGACCAUUAAGGUAGACUACUCAGUGGAUUGCUCAAAGUAUGCUAUAGAAAGCACAGCCAAACCAGCAGUUCAGUUAAAAGUUGAACCUUUGUGUACAGAGAGUGGUUCCAUUUUGGAUCAGCUGACACGAUUCAUUGGCUAUCAGUUUCCGAAACAUAAAUGUGGAAAUCCAAACAGUACAGCCAAGUUUGCAGAGAUUUUAUACUGCUCUAUGCUGAACACUCAUACCCUCUGUAUGCAACCUUUUGUUGAGGAACUUCAGUAUAUAAACACAGAGACUGUACCUCAGAUAAAAACAGUCAGGAACAUUAUUGGAGCACUAUGUUCUAUGGAUCGCUUCAUAGCCAAAGAUUGCCUGUUCAAGCGACUCAAAUAUGUGACCAGAUGUGUCAAAGCAGAAGUUGACUCAAUUCUUAGUUUCCAAAACAAAAGAUGGGCAUAUGGAGUUAUUGAUCAAUGCAGACAUCUUGAACUGAAAGUCAUGUGUAUGUGGGAGAAUGUACUGCCAUGCAAUGUAAGAACUGCUGCUUCAAUGGCUGGCUUGAUUGGUCAGCAUCUCAGACCAGACACCUGCACACUAUCUGCAUCACAGCCUAUCCUCUCAAUGAACUGGUUUCAACUUACAGCCAUUUCCUGUGCUCAAGUGUUAUUAUUUGUAAUGGGCAAUACAUGA